GUGACGCCGUAGAGAGGGCGAGAACCGAGCUCCCAAGCAGGAAGGAAGGCGAAGAGGCCGGCGGACCGCGGCGGUGGAGGAACAGGGGAAAGUGAGAUCGCAAGGCUGUUUUUUGCCCUAUAUCUCGUUAGGUAUUGGUGGCUGGCUUUCUUUGGAAUCUAUUGUUGGAACGAUCGAAUCGUAGUUUGUGAUUGUUCUUGAUGGGAUGAGGUUAAUGGGUAUGGAAAUCAUUAAAGUGGCUUCUGAUAGAGAGUCAGAUUAUGCAGUUAGCAUAAUAGAUGAGAAUUCUCACGAGGAGCAGGAACAAGAACUAUCUCAACUCAGUAAGCGGUGUUUGGAUGAUGACACAGUAGAAAAUAAGCAUAUUAUUCACAAGUCAUCAAAUCAAAGAAAGAAAGCUGCACCGAAGCCUGCUAAUUCUAGAAAUGUGCAUUCUAACCACACUGUUCCUCAUCCAUUCGUUCUUGCAACUGAAAAGCGUGCUUCUGGUGGACAUAACCCUGUUAUUUCUUUAACUGUGAAUGCGGACAAACAUGAUACCAUAGAUGAUCAUCAGUCAGCACACAUCCCAAACUAUUCUCAGAGGAACUCCCUUUUCACAUCCAGGAAGCCGUUGCAACUUCACAAUGCAAUCCAAGCUGAUGCUGAAGAUUCUCACUCUGUUGCUUCAGCUACACCAUCUGUAAGAAAUUUGAGAAGCAACCCUAAAACUACUGCAGCAACUGCCCCUACUUUCAGAUGCAGUGAGCGUGCAGACAAGAGAAGGGAGUUCUAUUCUAAGUUGGAACAGAAACACCUAGCUUUGGAGGAAGAAAAAAAUCAGUCUGAAGCUAGGAAAAGGGAAGAGCACGAGGCUGCUCUGAAAGAGUUGAGGAAGAGUUUGACAUUCAAAGCACAGCCUAUUCCUAGUUUCUACCAUGAUGGCCCUCCUCCAAAGGCCGAGUUAAAGAAGGUACCUCCUACUCGAGCGAAAUCACCCAAACUCACUCGAAGAAAGAGCCACAAUGAUGUCACCCCUACAGAACGACACCACUGUCUUGAAGCCAUGAAGAAGAAUGUGAAAGAGAGAGAAAGCAUCAAAUCUAGGCGCACAACCAUCGGCAACAGAUCAGAGCACAGCUGCAGUCAUGUUGCAGAUGGGAAGUGAGUUUGGCACUUUAAUUUACCUCAAAAAGAUGACUUCACAACUGUCUCAGACUUUAAUUUACGCCGUGUGUCGAAGCUUGUGAUGCAUGUGGAGACUUUUAGAUCAGAUGGUGUGUGUGAUGUUUGACGCUACAAAUUGUGUUAUUUAUAUACAUGCGUAUAAGAACAUGAAACAUGCUUACUAUUUAUUAUUUAUUUCCAAGGGGAAGAGAGGUGAGUGUAUUUAUUUGUGCGAAAGAGCUGCAUGACUGUUUGUUAUUGUUUGGUUUGAUGUAAUUUAUGUAAAAAACAUUUCUUGAGAUUUCAGUAGUGCCAUUUGAUUGGCAGGAAUAA